UUGAGUCCCCGACCGACCCGACAUCUACUUAUCAGCAAGCAAACGAACCGGACAACGAUACAAUAAUGUACUUGAAAUAAAAAAUAAUCACUAGUUAAAUGGAACCGAUAAAAAUGAUGGUAUCAUUAUAGCCUAGCCUCCAAUUCCCCGAUAUCGGUGUCGCCUUCGCUUGCACUUAUAUGCGUAGGCAACAUGUUUUUAAAAGCAGAACUUCUAAAGGCGAUCGCUUUUACAACUCCAGUGAAAUUACCCAUAUCGUAUUGGUUUUUAGUGAUUUUGCGGUUUUUACUAACUUUACUUCCGCAACGAGGAUAUAUCCACCCAGAUGAAUUUUUUCAGAAUGUGGAGGUCAUUGCAGGAGAUAUCCUCAAUGUGGAUGUGUCAAGAACAUGGGAGUUCAACCCAAAAUUCCCAGUCAGAAAUAUUCUUAUACCAAAAAUGGUAUUGGGCCCCCCAAUACACUUCAUCCGCAUAGCCAAUCCUUACACCAUGUACUAUUUUGAUAUAGAUUUAAAAACCCCUUAUUAUUUACUAGUCAUACCAAGAUUAUUUAUUUGUCUCCUGUCUCUUAUAAAUGAUUAUUGUCUAUACAAAAUCUGUGUCCUUUACGGUCAAAAUUAUAGAAGCCGUUUAAAAAUAUUUGCCAGUUCAUAUGUAGUCUUUGUCUUCUGCUGUCGAAGUUUUUCAAAUUCCUUUGAGAUGAUAUUCUUCUCUCUCCUGCUGUUAUUGGUUGCCCAAAGCAUGGCCAAGACCGAUAGAAUAAUAUAUCAUGAUGAGUUUCUGACUGAGAAGUAUGAAAAGGCUACAUCCCCAGUGGAAAAAGUUAAAUUAUUUAAGUUGAAGACACACUUGCCCCAGCAUUCCUUGAACCAUGUUAUUAUUUUGGCCACAGUAGUUGUGGCAGGAAUAUUCAGCCGGCCCACCUUUGUGGGUUUUGCAAUCCCACCUAUAUUUUUCUGGCUUCACAGAGGCCUAGGGUCUAAGGUAGUGGGUUUUAAGGAUUUCCACUAUAGAAUCUUUGUGUUCAUACUCUGUGGAAUACCCACAGUCAUACUAUUUAUACUUGUUGAUUCUGCAUACUAUGGCUACCUCACUCUGGGGGAACUAGAGUCCAUUAGAUUGUCUUGGGAUAACUGGGUUGUGACUCCUUUGAAUUUUUUGAGAUACAACAUGGACACGAAGAAUCUAAAGCAGCACGGCCUACAUCCCUGGUGGCUGCAUCUGGUGGUGAAUGUGCCACUCCUGUUCAAUGUGCUAGGCAUAUUGGCCUUCAGUACCCUAUCCAAUCACACAUACAGAUUCAUACGAGGUCAAUACAGCAAGCUGCCGAGAAUCCAAAGCAUCACUGGCCUGAUGCUGCUGUCCCUCGUCAUCCCUGUGGGCAUCCUCUCUCUGAUCCCGCACCAGGAGGCACGGUUCAUUAUCCCUGUCCUUGUCCCACUUGUCUACCUCUUCGGCAGCCAUCUACACCCCAACGAAGGUGACGGACCCACCUCUAGGAAACUCAAGAAAACAUUCCGUUACAGCUGGUACAUUUUCAACAUAUUACUAACUAUAUUCUUCGGAUUCAUUCACCAAGGCGGCAUUUAUCCCUUCUCGUGCAGUCUCCACAAAGAUAUCAAAAGUGUAUACGGCGUUCAUACUCAUGUAAUAACCACACACAUUUACAGUGUUCCCACGUAUUUAUUACAACUUGAGAGCACUACUACUGUGUGGCGAGACCAAAAGACCGGUCACAAGUACCGUUUAGCGCCAAGUACGUUUAUGUACAUGUACGGUUCACGCCCGACUGAUGAAUUGUUCACAAAAAUUGACGAAGUUCUCAGCAACGCGGAAAUGUUACUCCAUAAAAACAAGAAGAAAUACAGGUUUCUAUUAGCAUCUCCUUGCUCGAUGGAGGAGAGAAUCCGCCAAGCCGCAAGCAAAUAUCAUUACAUAGACCUUGUUGAAGACGCUUCAUACUACCCUCAUUUUAGCACUGAAGCUGUCCCGAAUUUUCCCAACGUUCACGAUCAUUCUUGCACUGAAUUUAGUUUAAGCAAAAAUGAAUCCUACACAGAAAUGGGCUUACUUCAAAGGCUCACGUGCUUUUUGAAUAAGUUUUGCCUUAGAGUAUAUAAAGUUAAGAUAGCAACAAAAUAGUUUUAAGGAGUAUCCGCCUUAUUAUAGGUCUUGAUAUCGCUUCAUUCCAGGAUCUAGUCAUUUGUUUUAUAGUUUUACUUCAGCGAGACCAUUCCAUAGACAUUAAUGCCAUAGACAUAAAGACCGUAGUGUCGCAUAAGAACAAAUAAUGCACAGUCACAAUGAGCAAAUUAAUAGCUAAAAAGCUAUUGUUUCGUUUUUUACUGUGUACUUGUGUAUUCAUUCAUCAUUAGUUAUAUUCAUCAAUUAUUUUACAAAAUGUGCAUUCGUAAUGAAAACGAGUUCGUGCCAUGAAGUCCCGCUUCAAAUGUGGAACUAUGAAUAAUGGGCAUGGGCCACUUUGUUGUUGUCAGCGACUAUGGGGCCAUAUGUGUAUCUCAUAUUUUGUGGCACUUCUAUGUUCAAUUUCGGUUUUUAAUUAUACAUUCGAACUUUUGCAUUUAUAAAGUCUUUAAUAAUCUGGGUCAUAAAUACACAUAUUUUAAAAGUAAUUAUUUAAAAAAUAUAUUUUAUUCAUUUAUUUGUACUAUUUAGAUUUUUUUAUAUAAAAUGUUUUUACAAAAUGCUAUUUGAUUGAGUUCUGCUCAAUAUAUGUAUGUACAUAUUAUUAACUAGUAUAUUUUGGAGAAGCAUGGCCUAGUUGCCCUUUAAUUAGUAGGUGUAAAAAGUAUUUUACUAUUAUAAAUUGUACAAAUUUGCUUUUCUAAUAAGAACAAUCAAUUUUCGCCUUAUUUAUUGUAAAGUAAGAUAAGAAUAUUUUUUCUAUUUGUUAUUUUUUGUUUUCUUAAAGUUAAAUCAUGGCAUUUAUAUUUUACUGGCGGCCCGUCCCGGCCUCGCUUGGGUAAAAACAUAAUAAAUUAUACUUAUAAGUAAGUAUGAGAAGAGCAGUAGGGUAGGCUUAGUUAUAACAAGAAGUGUUAAAGGUUUUAAUAAAAUAAAUCUGACUUUUAUUUUG